AAAACAUUUAACAUUCGUUAGUUUACACUGGACACGGAAAGUUAUUGCGCCGGACGUACAAAUAACUAAAGAAUAACUAAAAAUGAAAUUGUUUUUGUGUUUGUGCCUAGUGGCAGCAUUAACCAUUGUUAAUGCUGAUGAUAGCAAAGGACCCAAAGUAACCGAAAAGGUUUACUUUGACAUAACCAUUGGCAACGAACCGGCCGGCCGCAUUGAAAUUGGCUUGUUUGGCAAGACCGUACCCAAAACAGUCGAGAAUUUCAAACAAUUGGCUGACAAACCCGCUGGAGAAGGCUAUGCUGGCAGCAAAUUCCAUCGUGUCAUCAAAGAUUUCAUGAUCCAAGGUGGUGAUUUCACUCGGGGUGAUGGUACCGGUGGCCGUUCCAUCUAUGGUGAACGUUUCGAAGAUGAGAACUUCAAGCUGAAGCAUUAUGGUGCCGGUUGGUUGUCCAUGGCCAAUGCUGGCAAGGAUACCAAUGGUUCUCAGUUCUUCAUUACCACCAAACAAACUUCCUGGUUGGAUGGUCGUCAUGUUGUCUUCGGCAAGGUUUUGUCUGGCAUGGAUGUUGUGCGCAAAAUUGAGAACACUGCCACAGAUGGUCGUGACCGUCCCGUCAAGGAUGUUGUGAUUGCCAAGAGUGGUUCAUUGCCCGUGGCUGAACCCUUCGCUGUGUCCAAGGCUGAUGCUGAAUAAAUAAAAUGCAAAUAAUAACCACCCCCAAAUGUCUUUUAUGGGACAUUCUUUGUAAUAAGUUUCCUUAUUUAAGAUAUCUUUUUUUGAAACGCAAAUAGAAAGAAGAGCAAUUGCUUUUUUGUUAAAAAAAAAAAAAAAAUAACCGAGAGAUAUUUAAAGAAAAGAACAUCUUAUUGUAGAUUUUUAAACAAAUGAGAUAUCUAUGUUAGGUUAACAAACACCCACAAAAAAACAGAGUUUAAUAAAGUUGUUGCAUUUAA